UGUCACUAUUCUCCAUUUUCUCUCUGUCACUAAAAAUAUAACACCUAUAUACACAUACUUUCAUGACUUAUUCGUCACGUAUAUAUAUAUAUAUCACAUCCUAAAAUUAUUUCUAUGAACAAUACUUACAUUUUCACAUAUUAGUCUCCUUAAAUUCCGGCCAAAUGGAGUCUGGCGGAUUACCGGAGCCCAAACCUUCCCGGCUAACCCAACUCAACACUUUCAUUGGCAAAUCCCGGGUCGGAAAGCGAUUUAAACUCAAUGAACGUAACACGACUUUCACCACCGAGAUUCGGGCCGGGACCGCGACGUUUCUCACCAUGGCUUAUAUCCUUGCUGUCAACGCGAGCAUCCUCUCAGACUCUGGAGGCACUUGCUCUGUCUCUGACUGCAUCCCGCUCUGUUCUGACCCUUUGUUUGCAGUCAGUAAUUGCACUGGGUUGGAUCGUCGGGUCAUACAACCCGAUGAUUCGUGCAAGUUUACCCCGGUUAACCCGGGGUAUGCUGACUGUUUGACAAAGGUUAGAAAAGACCUUAUUGUUGCCACCGUGGCAUCUUCGUUGAUUGGGUGUGUGAUCAUGGGCACUUUUGCGAAUUUACCUCUGGCGUUAGCUCCAGGAAUGGGCGCUAACGCCUACUUUGCGUACACUGUUGUCGGAUUCCAUGGAUCCGGCAACGUGUCAUAUGAAAACGCUCUGGCGGCGGUUUUCAUAGAAGGAAUCAUUUUUUUGUUAAUAUCUGCCGUCGGCUUACGAGCCAAGCUGGCUAAGCUAGUACCCAAGCCGGUCCGCAUCUCAUCUUCAGCUGGGAUCGGACUGUUUCUAGCUUUCAUCGGCUUACAAAACAACCAAGGGAUCGGCUUAAUUGGCUAUAGCGCCUCCACACUUGUCACACUCGGCGCGUGUCCAAGCUCAUCUAAAGCUGCACUCGCGCCGGUGAUUACUUUCCCAAACGGAACCGUCACACUCUUUCCUGGCGGUUCUGUUUCGGGAGAUAUUUAUUGUUUGCAUAACCGAAUGGAGAGCGCAACGUUAUGGCUCGGCGUGGUCGGCUUCGUAAUUAUUGGUUAUUGUUUGGUUAAAAAUAUAAAAGGGGCAAUGAUUUAUGGCAUUGUUUUUGUAACAGCAGUUUCAUGGUUUCGUAACACACAAGUAACGGCGUUUCCACAAACUCCAGCUGGUGACACUGCUUAUGAAUAUUUUAAAAAAAUCGUGGAUGUACAUAAAAUUCAGUCUACUGCUGGUGCACUAAGCUUUUCUAGUAUUAAUAAAGGAUUUUUUUGGGAAGCUUUGGUGACAUUUUUGUAUGUCGAUAUUCUUGAUACCACCGGAACAUUGUACUCGAUGGCACGCUUCGCCGGCUUCGCAGAUGAAAACGGCGACUUUGAAGGACAAUAUUUUGCCUUCAUGUCGGAUGCAUCAUCAAUUGUUGUUGGAUCGCUCCUUGGUACGUCGCCAGUGACCGCGUUUAUAGAAUCUUCUACGGGAAUAAGAGAAGGUGGGAGGACCGGAAUGACAGCAUUGACUGUAGCGGGGUAUUUUAUGUUGGCAUUUUUCUUUACACCAUUAUUAGCAUCAAUACCGCCAUGGGCGGUAGGACCACCAUUGAUACUAGUAGGGGUUUUAAUGAUGAGAUCGGUGGUAGAGAUCGAUUGGGACGACAUGAAGCAAGCCAUUCCGGCUUUCAUAACGUUGAUAUUGAUGCCGUUAACGUACUCCAUUGCUUAUGGGUUGAUUGGAGGUAUAGGGACAUACAUUGUAUUGAACUUGUGGGAUUGGGGGGAAGGGGGUUUACGUAAAUAUGGGAUUCUUCAGGGGGUUAGGAGUAAUGGAAGUGUAAUUAAUAAUAGUGUAGGGACUAAUGGGGUAAAUGUAGAAAAUGGUGUGGAUGGAAGUGAUAAAAGGGUUGAAGUGUAGGGGUUUUUUAAUUAAUUAUAUUAUUUGAUAUUUUGGCUUUUAUUCACAUGAUUGGAUACAAUAUCCAUUUUAGAAACUACUAUCUUGUCUUUUUCUCA